GCUCUCCGGAAAGUCCGCUAAGGAAGGAACAAUUGGUGACGCACACAAUGGCGUUGGUGUUGUGGCGGCCAAGCGGAAGAGAGGUCCUAGCAUCCGGAAGCAGUACUACGCCAUGCGGAAGAGGCUUUGCAGACAGGUUUUUCACUCUCUUGAUUCUUUCGACGAGGCAGUACAUGAUGAAUUGGAUUUGGUUAAGCUUAAGCGUGAGGGCGAGGUUGAAUCCGGGGGAAUUGUAACUUUAGAUAAUGAUAAUAAUGAUAAGGAUAUGAAUAAUAAUUCGGUUGCUAAUAAUUUGGUUGGUUAUGGGAGUUACUCUGGAUUGGAGGAUGUUGUGUUGUCUCAUUCUAUGAGCGAUAUUCCUUUGUGGAGAACAAUUGAGGAUGUGCCAGCACCGGCCAUGCCUGUCGAAGCGAGUCCUAGAAGAAAUGAUCGCGAUGGGGAGGAAGCAAGGGCAACAACGCUUCCCCCUUCCCAUGGUUUGAAAGGCAAAUGUGCAGUUGAUGUGUCGAAUGCUUUGGCAUCUAUGUCGGGAGAGGACCAAAGGCGCCUUUCUGGUCCACUUUCGAACUUAUCAAACGAGGAUGAGCCUUGUUAUGAGAACGUUGAUUCGCUUCUGUUGAGCUCUCCUUGUGAAAUUCAGGGAAAUGAUGCCUCUGAUAUUUGCGAAUCUCGGAAGGUGGAUAUGAUGGUCAAAGCUGGUGAAAUGCCCAGUAAUUCAUCUACAGCUGGAUUGGUGGUUGUUGCCAAACCAUUAGACUACAGUUGUGGUGACGUGCCUUAUGAUUGUGAUCCUUGUAACAAUGCUGUGUCAUCUGUUUCGGUCCGAACCCCUCAUCGGGAACCCAGUGAAGAGUGUGAGUUCUGCUUCCUGAAUUCCGAGGACGCUGAUGUUCCAUCUGAAGACAGUGCAGACUCGUCAAUUAUAGUUCCUUGUUUGUUGACUAGGAAACCCCAACCAAUUGUCAAGGAUGCAGGUUAUACAGAUUCAUCUGUUAAUAACCAAAUGAAAAAGGAACUAGAUAGAAGCUUGAAGAAAGAAAAUAAUUCACACUCUUCAAUGUCUUCCCAGCGACAGAUAGUUAAGGCAGUGUUAGUGCCAAAUAUAAAUUCAACUCAGCCACCUGUCGGUGUUGUUACGAGAGCUGAAAAUCCUGGAAGGAACCCUAUUUCAGCAGUUUCUAGUCAGAGCAACAGUGUCAGUAUUAACGCAACUCGCAAAAGAUUAGUUCAUGCUGCUAUCUUGACAGCCAUGGAUGGACAUCCAAAACAAAAGGAAAGUGUUGCUUCGGCUUCAGCAAAACAUCAUGCAGAUUCAAGGGCAGGGCAACAAAAGGAUUUACCCGAAUCUGAAGUAAAGUCAUUGUUUCUCAAUCAGGAAAGAGAGGCUGAUGAUGAUGAUAAUGACGAAGAUGACUCUGAUAAUGAAAUUCCUUCUUUUUCUGAUAUUGAGGCAAUGAUUCUUGAAAUGGAUUUAUGUCCGACUGAUCAAGAUACAAGUGCAAGCAGAGAAGUGUUGAGAUAUCAACAUGCUGAGACCAAGAGGACCAUCAUGAGAUUGGAGCAAUGUGCACAGUCCUUUAUGCAAAGAGCCAUUGCAUCUCGGGGGGCAUUUGCUGUAUUGUAUGGGCGUAAUCUGAAGCAAUAUAUUAACAAGAGCGAGGUCAUACUUGGAAGAGGAACUGAUGACCUACAUGUUGAUAUUGACUUGAGAAGAGAAGGGUGUGCUAACAAAAUAUCUAGACGACAAGCUUUAAUAAGGAUGGAAGCAAAUGGCUCUUUCAUUAUUAAAAAUCUUGGCAAGAAUUCUAUCUUCUUGAAUGGCAAAGAGGUUGCUCCAGGACAGCUGCGGGGUCUUAGUGCUAGUUGUUUGAUCGAGAUUAGAGGCAUGUCAUUCAUCUUUGAAACCAAUAACAAAUCUGUGAAGACUUAUUUAGAAAAUAUGAAUUGCAAGGGAGAAGACAAAGGGAAGGCUUUAACCAUGGUUGCCUGAGACUUAAAGAGAUUUCUAAGAAGAGUAAUGAAAUCGAAGGAAUAGCAGUAUUGUUUAAGUGUAGCUUCUGAAGUUGUAGCAAGAUGUUUUAGGAGUAGUUUCUCGUGUCAUAAAAAAAUAGUUGUAACAUUAAUUGUUAUUGUUAGUAUGCUUUGUAAAGCGAGAGAGCCCAGGUUGUAGUUGUACAUAUAGAUAGAAGUUAAAAAGCUAUUAAGCUACAAAGGUAUGAUAUGGCUGCGCUGUAAAAUAGGAGGACUUGUGUUUUAUGUCUUACCUUCGCUUCAGUGUAAUUGGUCUCGUAGAAACUUCCCUGGCUGAAGUAAUGGUUAUUGAAUGAAUAAAAUACAAAUAGAAAGUUAAAAUUACAUUU